ACCCAGCUCACAGACGUCUCUUGUUUCCUGUUUGAAGUUCUUCUGACUUGUUGUGUGAAAAGUUGAUCAAAAGUGUUUUACUGCUGUUGAGUCCUGAAUAAUGAAGUAAAUGAUCUCCUCUGUAGACCUGAGCGCUCUGCUGUUCUGCUCAUCAACCCAAGGUCAGUGACAUCUGUUCUCCAGCUGUUGUUCUGACACGUUCACAUCAAAGUCAACAAAACAAGCAGCUUCAGAUUAUCAUGAGUUAAUCCUCCAUCAGACACGAGGGAUUAAUGUCAGAUGGAGCGCCUCCAUGCUGUGGGUGGUUGCUAGCUAGCUCACAGAGGCUAACGCCCUCGUCUGCUAAAGUUAACGAAGAAUCAGCACCAGCGUCGCUGUUGUUCACGCGCUCUGACACUUCCUGUUGGCUCUGAUGAGGCGCGCAGGAGAAACAGGUCAAUACUGAGGUAGACAACAUAACCAGUCCAAUGGUUUCAUUCUGGCUGAGUUCACCGACGACAGCAGGUGGGCGAGUGAGUGGAAAGAGAAAAACAAUCAAACAACUCAAACAUGUUUAAAGGUCAACUUCACUAAGAAAACCAUUUUAAUGAUUAUUUCUGAUUAUCAUCGAUCACUUUGAGUUCAUCAUGCAGGCUGAACAUGAAAAUAGUCUCCUACACCUGCAGUAGUUGUCUAACCCACUGUGCCUUACGCCCCGGUGUCGGUACAGGAUCGGCUCGGGGUCCUUCGACUGCCGAUGACGUCAAAGUACGGCAAACCCACUUGGACAAAAUACACUACACAUCUAUACUGUUGGAAAGAAUUUAGCAGUUUCGUUAUUAAAAUAAUGUUUCUUAAGACGUAAGUUUGUGUUUAUAAUGGUAUUUGUAAAAUAAAACACUAUAUUGUAUUCAUAAUGUUGAACUCCUCUUUGAGCACAUCCCUUGAAGGAUCAUGGGUAUUAGCAACACCUGUGAAAUUGUAUUUGCAAGAAAGAAGUGUGUCCUGUUUAUUGAAGUAUUUGUGUUGAGUUUUUGACGUCUUGUCCAUGCGUAGUUCAGUUACGCUCAUAGCUGCUAGCCAAAACUCUGGAGUUAAAAGUUUUCUGGCUUUACUAAAAUACCUGUCUGUACUUAUUUGAUUGAUGGUGGUUUUACUUUCUAUUAGACUCCAAAUGGAAUCAUUUGGCACGUUUCUAAUUCAUAAUUUGUAAUAAUGUAAUUGGUGAUAUUAGCAUUAGCAUUCCUAUGGGUUUUUCCAUGUAUAUUAGCAUUGCGCUAACUACUCGCUGCCAAAUUGCAGCCUUUGAAAUUAGAAAAUCUCCUUUUGUCACAUCGCAACUUAAUUGCACAUGCAGUUAAUCGUUCAGCCCUAAUAUACAUGCAGCUCUAUGCUAAAAGUGUAUUUUCAAAGAGGUAAUGAUGGAUUUCUUUGUAAAAGUUGUCCAUCUUUCCAACAGAAAGAUUUGCCUGGACCAACGUAACGUGAUACCAACGUAACGUGAUACCAACGUAACGUGAUAACAACGUAACGUGAUAACAACGUAACGUGAUACCAACGUAACGUGAUACCAACGUAACGUGAUAACAACAUAACGUGAUACCAAUGUAACGUGAUACCAACGUAACGUGAUAACAACGUAACGUGAUACCAAUGUAACGUGAUACCAACGUAACGUGAUACCAAUGUAACGUGAUAACAACGUAACGUGAUAACAACGUAACGUGAUAACAACGUAACGUGAUAACAACGUAACGUGAUAACAACGUAACGUGAUACCAACGUAACGUGAUAACAACGUAACGUGAUACCAAUGUAACGUGAUACCAACGUAACGUGAUAACAACAUAACGUGAUAACAACGUAACGUGAUAACAACGUAACGUGAUAACAACGUAACGUGAUAACAACGUAACGUGAUAACAACGUAACGUGAUAACAACGUAACGUGAUAACAACGUAACGUGAUAACAACGUAACGUGAUAACAACGUAACGUGAUACCAACGUAACGUGAUAACAACGUAACGUGAUACCAACGUAACGUGAUAACAACGUAACGUGAUAACAACGUAACGUGAUAACAACGUAACGUGAUAACAACGUAACGUGAUACCAAUGUAACGUGAUACCAACGUAACGUGAUAACAACGUAACGUGAUAACAACGUAAUGUGAUAACAACGUUACGUGAUAACAACGUAACGUGAUAACAACGUAACGUGAUACCAACGUAACGUGAUAACAACGUAACGUGAUACCAACGUAACGUGAUAACAACGUAACGUGAUAACAACGUAACGUGAUAACAACGUAACGUGAUAACAACGUAACGUGAUACCAAUGUAACGUGAUACCAACGUAACGUGAUAACAACGUAACGUGAUAACAACGUAAUGUGAUAACAACGUUACGUGAUAACAACGUAACGUGAUAACAACGUAACGUGAUAACAACGUAACGUGAUACCAACGUAACGUGAUACCAACGUAACGUGAUAACAACGUAAUGUGAUAACAACGUAACAUGAUACCAACGUAACGUGAUACCAACGUAACGUGAUACCAACGUAACGUGAUAACAACGUAACGUGAUUACGUAAGGUUCAUGUUCAGCCAAUCAACUACUUUGACGUCAUCGGCAGUCGAAGGACCCCGAGCCGAUCUUGCACCCGAGCAGAUCUUGUACCGACACGGCUCACACAUAAAUUGCACUUCAAUUUAAAUGAAAAGUAAUGAUGGGCGUUUCGACCACGCCAGUCACGUACUUUAAGAUUUAUCAGCUAGUAAAGGUUUGUAGUUAGCGUGACUACAAGUCAGACGUCGGCACGCCGCACGUAAGACGUCACCAGAUAAUUGCCUGAUUGUCCUCAAACCGCUCAUGCAGCUGACUUCUACGUCCUCAGACAGGCGCACCAGAGCUUUUUUUCCCCAGAGUACGACUUACAAGGCGCUCGUUCCUACUGGAGCCCUCUGCAGAUGAAUUAAAAAUAUGACUUUUAAACAGAAAAGUAAUGAAAUUCGUGUUUGAUGGUUUUUGUGAUGUUGACUCUUAAACAUGAGUCUGAUGUCAUGAAGUCUGAAGAGUCACCUUCACUUCCUGGUGGAGCAGGCGAGGAUCAAACAUGGCUGAACUGAGCAGCAGCUAAUGAUGGAGGAGCAUGUGGAGAACCCAUAAGCAGCCUGGCCCCUCCUCCUUCAUGUGCACGUCACAGCCUGGCUCCGCCUCCUGGUGAUCAAACCCAAAUCUGCUUCUGUAGAGAAACUAACUUUUGAGUACAAACACACUAACAGGUUCUUGCAUGUUUCCAUGGUUACCAGUUCAUCUGACUGUGAAUCCCAGAAGAUCUCAGCUGUUAGAGGAAGAGCGCGUGUCCCUGACCUGUGAGGAUGAGGACAAGUCUGCACGAUGGACUCUGAGGAGGCGCACCACAACAGGACACGUGUCCCAGUGUGGAGACGGAUGGGGGAGAUGGAAGGAUUCUGUUUGUGUCAACAGCAUGGCUCUGAAGCGGGACAGUGGCGUGUACUGGUGCGAGGGAGUGGGCGGGGCAUCCAGCAGCAGCAUCAACCUGACUGUCACAGGGGGACCAGUGGUCCUGCAGAGUCCUGUCCUCCCUUUGAUGGAGGGACAUGAUGUCACUCUCAGCUGUCAGUCAAAGACCCCUCCCUCCAGCCUCACAGCUGACUUCUAUAGAGAUGAUGUCAUCAUAGGGAGCCAGCCUACUGGUCACAUGACCCUCCAGCGAGUCAGCAGGUCUGAUGAAGGCCUCUACAGGUGUGAGAUCAGGGGUCAUGGAGGGUCUCCAUCCAGCUGGCUCUCUGUCACAGGACACCCUACUACAGAAGCCCCGCCCACCUCUGAAGCUCCUCCCACCUCUGAAGCCCCACCCACCUCUGAAGCCCCUCCCACCUCCGAAGCUCCUCCCCUUCACCUAACCAACCUACAGCUUGGACUUCACUUAGCCUACCACCUGAUUGUGAUCAGUCCUUACAUCGUCUCCACUCUGCUCAUGGCGUCGGUGUAUCGACAGAAGAAAACAGCAGGAAGUGACCCGGCCACUCUUUCUGAAGAGGGACUGGAUGCUGUUUGUGACGUCACCACAGAGCAUCACUUCUGACCUGAACACGGGGUGAAUGAGGACAUGUUCCAGUCGGACUCUCCGAGAAGGAUAAAGAUGAUUUCUAAUGACGGGAGUUCAUCAUCAGCUCGUAUUUAUCUGGUUUCUGUUGCUCAUGUCUAGAAUCCAGCAGAGUGGAAUAAAAAGAGUGUUCUAAUAUUUA